AUGAAGUUUAUCGUGUGUCUUAUCGUCUUCUUGGCAGUUUGUUAUAACUGUCAAGGCAUAUCAAUAAAGUUGCCAGUACCACCGUGUGCGAAGGCUAUUCUUCCAUAUCCAUAUCCAUGCACAAAUGAAGAUGAGCCUAUUCCAGAUGGACAAGCUGAAGACCCUGCUCCAGAUCCACCAAUUGAAGAUCCUCCUCCAGAUCCACCAAUUGAAGAACCUGCUCCAGAUCCACCAACUGAAGAACCUGCUCCAGAUGCACAAAUUGAAGAUCCUGCUCCAGAUCCACCAACUGAAGAACCUGCUCCAGAUGCACAAAUUGAAGAUCCUGCUCCAGAUGCACAAGUUGAAGAAUCUGCUCCAGAUGCAGAAGCAGCUCAACCUACUAGACCUGCCCACGCAGGUCAGCCUGCUGCUCAAGCCGCAGAACCUCAGGGUAGUCGACCUGACCAUGCAGGUCAGCCUGCUGCUCAAGCCGCAGAAGCUGCUUAUGGCGGUCAGCCUGCCCAUGCAGGUCAGCCUGCUGCUCAAGCCGCAGAAGCUGCUUACGGCGGUCAACCUGCUCCAGACACAGAAGCUACAGAGUCAACUCCAGACACAGAAGCCGCAGAGCCUGCUCCAGAUGCAGAAACUGCAGAGCCUGCUCCAGAUGCAGAAACUGCAGAGCCUGCUCCAGACGCAGAAGCAGCUCAACCUACUAGACCUGCACAAGCUGGACAGCCUGCUGCUCAAGCCGCAGAACCUCAGGGUAGUCGACCUGACCAUGCAGGUCAGCCUGCUGCUCAAGCCGCAGAACCUGCUUACGGCAGUCAACCUGCUCCAGACACAGAAGCUACAGAGUCAACUCCAGACACAGAAACUGCAGAGCCUGCUCCAGACGCAGAAGCAGCUCAACCUACUAGACCUGCACAAGCUGGACAGCCUGCCGCUCAAGCCGCAGAAGCUGCUUAUGGCGGUCAGCCUGCCCAUGCAGGUCAGCCUGCUGCUCAAGCCGCAGAACCUCAGGGUAAAGGACCUGCACAAGCUGCAGAGUCCGAUACUCAGGCCGAAGAACCAGAACAAGAAGCUGAAGCUUGUUGUGUAUAA